CGUGAUAGCUGUGACUGAAUGACUCUGACUCUAUUGACUUUAUUUCUUUUUAAAACAAGGAAACCAUGGUUCUCACCGAGGUGCGGUUUUUGGAGAGUAAACAAGUAGGCGGGGCAUGGAGCAUUCCAACAUUUUCAAACAUGAAUGUCUCCCCACUGGUCUCAGACGGCAGAGAAACAUGCUCAGAGACCAGACAUAGGGAUGCUUUGUCCCCUUCUCCCCACCUCAAACUUACACACCAUUCCUCACUCAAGUGCCUCAAAUGCUUCAUCCUACUUUUCUUUACCUCAUUCAUCGUUCUUUCGACCGUCAUCUUCUUCCCCUUACAAAAAUAACUUGAACCAAAGAGAUGGUGUCUCUUCAAUGCCGUGUGAUCCUGGUCAUCCUCGCUCAACAGUGUCUCAGCAGGGAUCUGGUCAAUGGGCAGCAUCCGGUUCAACGUCGUGGAAAUGAGCAGAAUCUUGCGAGAAGGAAGCAGUUCUGUCACUGGCCGUGCAGGUGUGGACAAAUACCUCAAUGUCCACCGGGAGUGAGUUCUGUGCUGGAUGGUUGUGGCUGCUGCAAGAGUUGCGCGAAGCAAAUUGGAGAGCCAUGCAACGAGCGGGACAACUGUGAUAUGCACAAGGGAAUGUACUGUGACUUCUCAGCUGACCAACCCAGAUUUCAAAUUGGAGUAUGUGCUUACUUGAUGGGAGUUGGAUGUGAUCUUAAUGGAGCUCAUUAUGAGAAUGGAGAAGCCUUCCAGCCAAAUCCACUUUACAAGUGCACAUGUAUUGCAGGAGCCAUUGGCUGUACUCCUGUAUUCUUACAGAAGCCUGCAGGUCUUUUGGGCCCCACCCCGCUGAUGGGAAACCUGCACGCAAGCCUUCAUAGUGGCAAGAUUUCGAAGAAAAAUGUACAGGAUACAGUCUACAUGUCAGCUCACAAGGAUCCUCCUUUGGCCUGGAAGAAGAACUGUCUCAUCCAAACUACGUUCUGGAGCCCCUGUUCCAAGUCCUGUGGCCUUGGCAUCUCUGUGCGUGUCAACAAUAACAACCACAAAUGUGAGAUGAGGAAGGACAUGCGUCUGUGUCUACUUCGCCCAUGUAAAAAGAGUGUGAUGAACAGCAUUCAGGUGCCAAAAGGGAAAACAUGCCAACCCCAAUACCAGCCAAAACGAGGGGAAAAGUUUGUGCUUUCGGGCUGCACAAGUAUUAAGAGUUUCAAACCGAUGUACUGUGGUAUUUGUGCUGAUAAGCGCUGCUGCUCCCCCAACAAGUCGAGGAUGAUCAUGGUCAACUUCAACUGCCCAGGAGGCUCGAAGAUCGAAUGGAAGUUGCAGUGGAUAACAUCUUGUAGCUGUCAGAGGAAAUGUACUGAUUCAGCUGACAUGUUUUCAGAUCUGCGUUUAAUGUAACCAAGCUGGCCUUGAUGGGCAUGGUGGUUAUUUUCAGUACAGUAGUCCCUCGCUACUUCGCGGUUCGAUUAUCGCGGCUUCGGUGCAUUGCAGAUUUUUUUCAAACAUACAU